AUGACACCUUUGUUUGUGGAGAAAGAGGGAAAAAUGAUGGAUGCCAAGUGGUAGGACAUUGUAGGCACCAUAGGGGAACUUAUGUGGACCCAAGUGAAGGAGAAGUUUAUGGUGGCUGAAGGGAAGCAAUACAAAUUUCAAGCAUUUGUUAUAGACACCAUGCGACGCUUGUAUAGAAUUUGGAAGCACAGAUUACAUGAGACUUAUAAAAGGUUUGAAACAGAUGAAGAAAGGCUGGAAAAUGUUCCUAGUGAUGUAAAGAGUGAAGAUUGGAAGCUUUUGAUCGAGUACUUCAGCUCAGAGAAGUUUCAGAAAAUUAGCCAAAGAAAUGCAGCAAAUAGAGCUAAGCUUGUGACUAAACAUACUUGUGGUACAAAAUCAUUCGCCGAAGUUGAGGAGUCAAUGAGAGAUCCAAUCUCUGGAAAAAAGCCACCACCAGAUGAGAUUUGGCUUAAACAACAUACAAAGAAAAGUAAAGGGGAAUUACAGUGGUCUGAUCCGAUCUCCAAAGAAGUCCAUGAAAAACUUCACGAUCUUGUCGUUCAACAAGAAGAAACUCCUCCUGAAUCUCAACUUACAAAUGACGGCAAGUUCUUGGUCAAAAGUCCGGUUAUUUUCGAGGUAAAGGUGCUGAACAAGACCACCAACAAAAAGAACAAGAUAUCUCGAAAACAUGCAAGAAGAAGUACAACGGGCUGUUGACUCGGCUAGGGAAUCCAUGAUUGAAAGUUUGUGGGCUGAUGUCAGUAACGAACUCAAAGCUGAAAUCAGAAAAACUGUGAAAAUGGAGCUGAAGAAUGAUCUUACAGAGCAAAUUCAAAGGCAAUUUAAUGCUAUGUUCCAAGCACGAAUGGCUGCCUUUUUAGGCUCUUCAUCACAAUCAGAUACUUCAGUGCCAACAAGACCUGCAAACCGUGGUUAAAGAUUGAGAUAGCUAAUGAGUUCCAAUCAAAACAGAUUCAGCUAUACAUUGGGAGCAUAUGAGAAGUUGUUUUUUGUUGUAUAUGUUCUAGCUGCUAAACAAUAUUCGGGAAGUUGCUUUUUGUUCUAUAUAUGUUUUAGCUUCUUAACAGUACUACUUAUGUUCUAACUAGCUAUUAGGUUAACUAUGACUAUAGUUGCUAUUGUUUAUGACUUAUAGAUAUUAAAUAUAUUUUAUGUUUAU